AUUUUAUCAACUACUUUGCAUUUAAGUUCACAAGCGGGCGCUAUCGUAUCCUGUUAUCCAUGUGGAUUAAGUGGCCAGAUAGUAAAUGCAAAAUGAUAUUGCCAAAACUGUAGGAAAUAUUUGUGCAACAGUUGUAUAAGCAGUCACCAAAAGGCCACGCCCACAAGGAAUCAUAUUAUCAAAAAGAAUUUCGAGUUUUCUUCAACUGCUGAUGCAAAUGAUAAAUUACAAAGUUGUUCUACACAUCGAAACGAGGAUGUUAAGUUAUAUUGUCGUGCUCAUGGAUGGCUUGGGUGUGUGAUAUGUAUGACAUUGUCACAUAAACUGUGUGAAAUUGAUUUUAUCCCAGAAGUGUCGGAGCAAUUUUUGAAAGGUGAUGAGUAUUUGAGCUUCGAGACGAAUGUCAGUAAUGUAAAAGAAAGGUGCGCAAUUGGUCUGAGCAAAAUAGAAGCAAAUAUUGUGGAUAUUGAAACAGAAUAUGCAAAUGUUAUUUCUGCAGAUGAGAAUACGAGAAAAGAAAUAAUAGAAGAACUUGAUAAAUUCGAGAAUGAAUUGAAAGAGGAAGUAACAGCAUACAGAAAGAAGAACAUUGAGACAAUGGAGAUGUUAAAGAAAGCUUAUGAAUCAGUUGUAAAGAACAUUGUAGACAUAGAAGCUAAAACAGAAAGGAUUAUUAAAGACAAAAGGUAUAAUUUACUUAUCUGUGAAGUUAAGCAAACCUUUGCUAAGGUUUCGGAGUAUCAGUCACAAAUAUAUAAAUUAUCUACACGACUAUGCAAACAAGAAUGCAACUUUCAAAAGAGCGCCGAAAUAAACACAUUUCUUUCUAAAGAAAGCAUGUUCGGUACGAUGAAUAUUAAAGACAUAGAGCAGGGUCCUUGUGAUGUACCAGAAAGAGUAAGCACACAACCAGUGUGCCACAUCAACAUUAAAGGCAAAGAUGAUAAAAAGACAUGCUAUGCAACAGGACUUGCUUUUAUGUAAGCCGAUCAGUUGGCCAUUGCUGACAAAGCAAACAAAAACAUGAAAAUAGUAGAUGUUAGCUACGACAAAAUUAUUUCUGAAAUCACGUUAUCCUCAAGUCCCCGUGACAUCACAGUCAUACCAUCCAACCAGCUCGCCGUGACAUUGAGGGAUGAAAAGAUAAGCCAGCUACUGUCAACAGCAUCGGGUCUUACAAAAACUGAACAAAUAAAGACAGAUGGAAAAUGCCGAGGCAUUAACUAUGAUAGCGGAAUGUUACUUGUAACUUUUGACAGUAUCAUGCCAAAACUGCAAAUGGUGGAUUUAAAUGGCCAGGUACUUCACUCAUUUGAAGCCUAGUAACUGAACCAAAAUCUAUUUGUUUAAGUCCCGGCCGGAACCAGAUAUACUUUACAGACUAUUCUAAAAUGAGUUUAACUCGCAUAUCAAUAGGCGGAGAAGUUACAGCAGAAUAUAAACUUUCGAAUUUCUUGGGUCUUGCUGUCAGCAGUUUCGGCUCGGUGUACACAUGCGCAAAGAUACAUGAUACGGUACUUCAGCUGUCAGACGACCUAUCAAAAGCUACAACAGUUGUUAAUGACAAAUCUGGUGUUAGAGGUCCUUUAGCUCUUGCAUUAUCAAAGAAAAAGAACAGGCUCUAUGUGAGUUGUGAAAAAGGUGACGAAACAUGCUGCAAUAGUCUGCAUGUAUUUAAAAUCACAUAAUGUUGUCAGAUUCAUAAAAACCGUAUAGUCGUUCUUUUUGCCAAAAUACGUUUUCCUUUAAACUAUAAAGUUCAGCUAGUGCCUCGUUGCAGCUUGCAAAAUGUAAAGUUGUCUCAGAGUCUCAUAUAUGCUUAUUGACAAAAGUUUUAGAACAAUGUAGGCCAAAUUUGUUCUGCGUGAUAAAUUGGUAAAGUAAAAUGUCACUGACUUUUCUUUUUUUCUCUUUAAAUACAUAUUUAAAAAGUGUUUAUGUUAACGGUAUAAUUUCAGUUUAUAGUUUGCUUACAAUAAGGUUUGGUGUUUUAGCACGUUUUCUUUAGUAACAAUGCGAACUAUAAGUCUGUUCAAAGGGAAAAUCAGCUUUGUAUAUUACAAGGGACCUCCCUGGUCUAGUGGAGAAAGUCUUUGAAUCACUUGCCGCUCACCGAUGUAGGCUUGAGUCGAUUCGCCGUAAAACCCAACACACUCACUCACGUCUCAUAUAAAGUAACAUUCUGCAUGUUAUGGAACCAUCAAGCUAGUUUACGGGAGAUCGGUUGGUCUACCCAGGUGCUCACCCUUGAUAAAACGAUGCCCGAAGGCGCAUCUGUUGUCUUCCCCAACAAAAAAGCUGGAUAAAAGCCGAACUACCUGAAUUGGUUCCGUGUGAAUCUAAACCCAGCAUUUUUAUGCAUAUUAUCGUUCUAGUUAUAUAUGAACAUUUGUGCAGAUUUCCUCAUCAAAAACAUCUUAGACCGUACCAUAUUUUCUUUGUUGUUAAUUUAUUUUUACAUUUUAACGUUUUUAAAGAAAGCUAGAGUUGGCGGACAGGGGAGAUGUCCAUUUUGUUUAUUUUGAUUGUCUGUUUACAUGAUUUGAUAAAGGUUAAAGGUCUAUUUUAGUUCUUUUCUAAAAGACAUGCAGUGUCCUGACAUUUGACUACGAUUAUAUACAAUGAGACCUGUAUAAAUAAAAUGUUUGAAAAAUUGCAUCUUCUAAAAUACAUGCAAAUAUGUGCCUGAUUGGCUUUCGUAUAAAUAAAUGAAUACCCUGUGUGUACUGGAACCAUACUGUGAGGUUGAUUGACCCUUUCAAUGAUUUCUUUGACCCCUGCCAAGACAUGCUUUUAGGUAAACCUUAGUAAAAUAUAAUAAUUUUGCAGCGAAUAAUGAAAAUGCAUAAAAGACCCCCUCACUUAAUGCCAGUUUUAUAUAUACACCGCCAUAUAAACACAUGUUAGGAUGUAUCUAAAUUGUUUUAUUUUUUUGAUAGUUGCAUGUAUUUCCACUACCGUCCCUGACUAGGCUCAAUCAAAGCGAGCCUGCAACAUUUUCAUUUUUAUCGUGUUUAAUGACCUAUUAAGCACAUUAUACUUGUUGAAGACAUAAUCAGCCAUUUUUGCGUUAGAAACUGUCAGUUGAAUUGUGUAUUUGAUCUUUACGGCGCACUAACACAGUAUAUGUUAAUUUGUUAAAGAUGUGCCUUUUUAAAUGUCUGUGAGAUACCAUUUGUCAGCUAGCAGAACAAAGGAGUUUGUACGUUGAAAAUUUAUUGUGUAUGUUCUAUUUUCAGCAAACAAUAGAUACAAGGCAAAAAUAUGAAAUAGAGGUUAAGUUCGUUGUUAUUUUGCGGUAUGUAUUUAGAUAUACGUUGUUAUAUGUAUAUUUUUGGUAUAUCUAUAGGCAGACAAAGCA